GCUUGUUCGUUGGUGGUGAUCCUUGGGGGUGGAAAUUACGGAGACGAGAGCUGCAUGCCCAGAGGGGGACAUUAUCUCACAGCUUGUUGCCAUUUUGGAGUAUUUUGGGACACCGCUUGAAUCGCAAGGCACACGAGUCAAUGGACGAGACAUCCGAGUGAAAGGACGAAAAAAGCUGUUAGACGCAGGGUGCCCUUUGGACGCUAUAGAAUUAGAAAGGAUUUGUUGUGACUUUCCACGACCGGUCCGUUAAGACGAGUGGUCGUACAGCACAGACCGGCAUUUGACGGUUCUGUAGCAACUUGACUUGCUAUUGCUUUGUCGUAUACCAAACACUGCCCUCCCUCAUACACUCUCUCCCUCUGGAUAUACAAUGGCUUCCACCUCCGUCAAAGUCGCGCUUCGAGUCCGGCCCCUCAAUGCAAAAGAAGUUCUUGCAAAUGCUCAAGAAUGUAUCAGCUUCAUGGGCGUCGGAAUACCUCAGGUAACAAUAGGACCGACUGGCGGUGGUGGAGCGGAUACCUCGUUUGGAUUUUCGACGUCGAUGGCCUCUUUACCACAGCAUCAACAAAAGGCCUUCACCUUUGACCAUGUGUUCGAUACGGCUAGUACGCAGGAGGAGGUGUACCGGGAUUGUGUAAAGCCUCUCGUCGACAGAUUUUUAGAGGGAUUUAAUGCAACUGUAUUAGCAUAUGGACAGACGGGAUCUGGAAAAACUUAUUCGAUGGGCACCGGCUUGGAGGCGGUUGCAGAUCCAGAGCAUCAGGGCAUCGUACCUAGAUCCAUCUAUCAUCUCUUUGAUAGACUGCAAGCACAGGCAGCAGCCAGUCCCGAAGGAUUCAAAUACGAAGUGCUUGUUUCGUUCCUAGAACUUUAUAACGAAGAACUUGUAGACUUGCUAAAUGCGCGACCUAAAGAGGGUACGACUGGCUGGGGUGGUCUGUCGAUUAGAGAGGAUGGAGCGGGAAAAAUUAUGUGGUAUGGGGUAAAGGAGCAGGCUGUAUCCUCACCGGAGGAGCUCUUGAGUGUCCUUGAAAAGGGCUCACUCUGCCGAACGACUGGAUCAACCGACAUGAAUGCUUCGUCCUCUCGAAGUCAUGCUAUCUUUAGCGUAAUUUUAAAACAACAGAAAUGGGUGCCUCGUUCCACCGCAGAGGAGGAUGGUGACGGUGCGAGCGGGGAAAGUCCCUUGGAGGAAAUCACAAAGCAAGAGGGUGAGGAGCAUUUCACGCCGACAUCGGUGGAUCCCACAACACACCCAGACGGCUCCUUCCAGCAUCUCUUGUCCAAAUUUCACUUUGUUGAUUUGGCGGGAUCCGAACGUCUCAAACGCACAAACGCUGAGGGAGAUAGGAAAAAGGAGGGAAUAUCAAUUAAUCAAGGCUUACUUGCCCUUGGGAAUGUGAUCUCUGCCCUAGGCGACGAUACCCGAAAGUCCGCGCACGUUCACGUUCCAUACCGGGAUUCCAAACUUACCCGAAUGUUACAAGACAGUUUGGGUGGAAAUAGCCAGACAUUGAUGCUCGCCUGUGUGAGUCCCAGUGAUACCAACUACGGCGAAACAGUCAACACUUUAAAUUAUGCGAAUCGAGCGAGGAACAUAAAAAAUAAGGUGGUGAUUAACCAGGAAUGGGCUGGAGGGGGGAACACUUUGGCUUUGGAGAGGGAGGUCCGGAUAUUGCGCGCGACAGUUGCUCAGCUGAAAGCGGACAUUCAAGAUGGUGGGCCGGGAGGCUCUCUUCGGGUAUCCACCACGGGUGGUGAUGCAUUUGAUGCGAGUUAUUUAGCGAAUCAAAGACAGACAGUUUCGGGUACACUCCGGGAGCGAGAAUUGCAGAUGCGAAUACAACGAGAACGAGAACUCGACGCAGAGAUGGACCGUACAAAGCGAGAACGAGAUGCAAUACGGUUCGAAAAUGAGCGGCUAAAGUUUCGUUGUUUUCGAUUGCAAGAUCGAUGCAGAGAGCUUGGAAGGGAGUUGGCCGAUACGAUUGUGCAACGGGAUCGGGCGGUUGUAGAACGAAGUCGUAUGUUUCUACCUGGAAAUAAGAGUAUGAAACGGAAAGGGCGAGAUAUGGAAGAGGAGAACGGUGGUGUCAAGCUGCGCAAAGUUUGGGGAGAGGCUAAAGGCGAGAUCGUCCGCUCUCCGUCAACAGAAUCCUUCCCGGAACGAAGUUUUGAGGUUGGCAGUGAUGAACCUGACGAUACUAGCAAGCUUAUUCCCGAAAAUGACCCCCUCAGUCCUGAAGCAACACCGAAUCUCGCUGAAAAUGAUUCUCAGACACUACAAUCCGCCUACAAGAAGCAGCUCACCGCCCAUCCAAUUAUACAAAGCUACGUGCGCACCAUUUCCGAUUUGCGAUUCCGUCUUUCAGAGGCGGAGGAUAAGCUCACAUGGUACAAUGAUGUUGUGGCAAAGCUGGGCGGCAAAAGCAAAGGCGGACGCAAUGCGUUCACAGCUCCUAAUAGAGGUGGGGACGGGCGUCUUUUCAGUGCGGAAGAGAUUGGAGCAGAUGCUGAGGCCGAUGCUGAACUUGGUAUUCCUUGUCGACCGUUACAACGGCAAGUCAAGGAAGUAUGCCGGGAGGAAGAGGAGACAUUAGACGAAGGUGGACAGGAAAGACGGCUAAUGAAGGCGCUACAGGAUAAUCCUGAUGUAGAUGAGAUGCUCAAGCAGUCAAAAUCACAGGAUGCAGGUGAGGUCGAUGGAGUAUCACCUGGGCCACGGCUGUAUGGGGUACCCCGGACGAACUCUGUGGUUUGGGAAUCAUCUUCGCUCAACGUAGCAGAGGAUUUCGAAGAGUCAACAGCCUUGGACGAAGCAACAGACGAAGCAUCUUCAACAUCACCAGAUUCAAGCACAUCAGACAUGUUCCUUGUCAUUGCUAAAAUCCAGGCGGACAUUGCUGAACACGAAAAGCUCGUCUCACGAAUACAGCAUCGCGACGCCGAAUACGAAACGAUGAAAACAGCCUAUGAGCAAAAACUUCGGGAUCUUCAAACGCAAUUACUUCAAUCCAAAAAGGAGCGUGAUCAAGCGUUGAAGCGAAUGCAGGGUGGCGAACGCAAGGAGGAGAAAAAAGGGACUGUGGCGAUCAAACAGCGAUAUGAAGACAAGAAGCGGCAGCUGGAGAAGCAGAUUGACGAAUUCCGGCGAAAGUUGGCAGAGAAUACGAGAGCCAGGGAUGAGAGGAAGGGCAAGGAUGAGGGCUUGAUGAAGGGUUUGAAGGACACGAUUGCUAGCAUGAAAGCGGAGAAGGCACGCAUGCUCAAAGACCUCAAAAAAGAGAGGGAAAAGAGCCGGGCAUUGGAAAUGACAAGUCAGCGACAGAUUGCCAUUUUGAAGCGCAAGGAGAAAAAGGCUGCCGAUCUGGUUAAGAAACUAGAGCAAAGUCGUAACCAGAUGCAGCGCCUGAUUCUGCAGCGCCGCAGCGACGAAAUACACAACAUUAAUCGACGUUCCGUUAUGAAGAUACUGAAGCGAACCAGUACCCCCAACCGAAUCUCGAAAUCCGGUGGGUCCAGCGGAAGUAUGUCUCCCAAGCGACGAAGCGGAACAUGGAAAGUGUCUACGGCUCCAAUCGAUUCAUCACGACCAGGAAGUAGCGGAUCAUCCUCGAACCGACGAGCCGUAUCCAUGUACGCCAAAUCCACCAACAAAUCUUCUCCUGAAACCAAGCUACCGUCAGAUAUUGGGUUGGAUGACGGUGAUGUCCCCAACCAUCUCCCAGUCAAUGUACGUGCCCAGUUCAAGAAGCAAAUGUUGGAAAAGGAACUUGCAUCCUGCAUUGCUGUUCGACGAGCACAAAAGGCUUUAGACGAACUGAAGGUCUCACGGGAUAGAUUGGUCGGCGAGCAGCGGGAGUUGGUUGCGGAGCGAGAACGAUGCGUGCGUGCUGAGCAGGAGGCGACGGGACGGUUUGACCCUGAGAAACCCCAGUAUAUGGAUGAGAGAUUAGGAGUAUUGGAUCACGAGAUUGCGAUGAUUGGACAUCGAAUAUCCAGGGUUGAGGAACUGGUUAGAAGGGCAAGAUUGGGAGGACAACCCGCAGGGCAAGAGGGUCUCGUAUCUUCCUCAACUAGCAUCUCGUCGUUAACACCUGACGUGGAUGUUGGAUGGGAAAAUGCUACGAAUAUCAUACGGUCGCUUGAUCCAUAUGAGUUGGAAGCGAUUGCAGAGAUGUGCUUGGAGGAUCUUGUUGAAGUCAGGUGCUUGCUUGAAGAAGGAGAGGUGAAGGUCCAGGAGCGGGAUAGUAAGAUUGAGGAGUUGACCGAGAAUCUGGAGAGGUGCCGUGAAACUGCCAGAAAAGCCGCCAUGGAAUUCCAGAGGAGACUGGAGGACGCUCGUGAGGAGGAACGUCGCCGGGUGAAGGAACAGCAGCAAAUCUCCUUUCUGAAGGAGAACGCUGGCAUGUUGCGAUCGAUCUCUGAGCCCAUGUUGAAUGCCGGUGAAGCCAAGCAGCACGCAGUUCUAGAAGAGCUUGUCUCAAAAGAGCUUUGGGCGAGUGAAGAAGUGCUCGAUGACCGGACAGGAGACGAUGUUGAGGUCUUUGAUUUGGAGGAGGAUCGGCAUCCACUGGGCGAGUUGACGGCUUCACCGAGGAGUAACAGCGAGCAGGAAAUCAUCUCGGCGAGUAAUGUUCAAGGGGAAGAGAAGAAAGACGAAGCUGUCGAUCUGGCCAACAUGUCAUUACGAGAUCGCAUGGUGUGGUGGCUAAAAGGGGCUCCAGGGGGGCAUGAGCUGUUGAGAGGAAUUCAGGCAAGUGAUAAGGAUGGACAAGUCAAGGAUGACGCUGGAAAGGAAAACCGAGCGGAACCGGAACCGUCGUCACCAGGACGAGUGAGUUCUGCACCCGCGACUCCAAAACCCUCCCUAGCCGUCCCACGGACACCCACGCGAGAGCGAUCCGGGUCUACAUCGUCCAAAGCCGGCAGCACGACCGGCUCAGAACGAGGUCGAACAACACGGCACGACAAACCACCGAGUCGAGACGGAGUAUCGUCUCCACGUAGUGUGAGCAUGUCCGCUUCUGCAAUGAUGGCAGAAGGAGCUGGCGGAUCAGGGACCAAGUCUUCUAGUGCGAGUGCAUCUAACGCAGCGCGACGGAGAAGGAGCCCCAGUUGGACUUACGGGAAAGAUAGUCCGCGAUCCUCAACCACAAACAAGGGCAACAGGAGUCCAAGCACGUCCCCAAAGAAAAGAGGAUACUUGAACCAAGCCGCCAGUCCAACCCGUGGCCCUUUCCGAGCAUUCGAAAACGACGACCAUACUGUACAACCCCCACCUUUUCUAAAUGUCGUCAGUAGUAGCAGUGUUGGAGGCACGGCAAGCGGACGGAGCAGCGUUGCGGGCAGUGGAGGUGGAAUGGCUACGCAUCAGCCUCCUCCUGUUGGCUCGAGACCUGGCAGCGGAGGGGACGUUUUUGAGCGGUUAGCGAAUGCACAUACACUUGCCAGCCAGGCUAAAGUCAUACAUCGGGGAUCCAGUGGUGUUGCAGAUGCUUUAGGCGGCGCUGCGGCUGGGGAGAUGGGUGCAGAGGACCCGGGGAGUGGAGGUUUUGGUGCCCGGGAGAGUGUGGUGGGGAGAGUCGCGAGACGAAAGAUAUCAGGACAAGGAGCGGGUCCUGGUGGUGGUGGUGAAGAAGAUGAUGGUGGAGAGCACGGCUAGGGUUGAGUUGUGACUUUGAUUUAUGGAUGCUUUUUUUUUUAAACAUAAAGUAUUGGCUGGGAUACUACCCUAUGCCAUAGACUGUGCACAAUUAUUUAUAUUUGAGUUUCGUGUGUCAUGA